CACUAAUGAAUUUCUGCGAUUCCUGAUUAUCUCAGGUCGACAUCGCGCUGAUAUAAAGAUAUAAUUGGACGUGUGAAGCUGGCAGAGGUUCAGUAGUGAUCGAAACUUUGUUUACAAAUAUUGUUUCUGUUUGUUUAGCCAGCCAACUACUUUGACCCCCCUUGGGCGAUAUUUGAAAUUUAUUAUCCUUUGCACAUUACGAAAUUGUUGUCCAGUGAUUAUCAGUGUUAGUCGUGUUCGAUUCAUCACAAAUUUGAAAUGGAACCAAUCUCAGUAACCAGCACUGAACUAUAUUGCAAAGAUAAUGCAAAACGUCAUCAUACUGAGGAAUACGAUCUCGUCAAAGCCGAAACACCCACUUGUAUUCUGAGAAGAGGAGAUUCCUUCUUUUUGGCCCUUAAGUUCGAUAGGAAUUUCGAUGUUGAAAAAGAUGUGAUUCGAGUUAGUUUUGGAUUUGGGGAGAAGCCGAGUGUCGUUUUGGGCACCAAAGCAGUUCGACCAGUGUUACCAAAACUCAAGCACUUCCCCAAAAGCGCCCAGAUAUGGGGAGUAAUGCUCUCCCAAAACAAUAGAUCUUCCGUAGUUUUGAACAUACGUAUUCCACCUCAUGUUCAAGUGGGCAUUUGGAACUUUCAAAUCAUCACUAGCUUGAGUGGGCAAAGAGGACAACGAAAGGACUACAAAAUUCCAGAAGAUAUUUACAUCCUUUUCAACCCAUGGUGUUCGGAAGAUGGCGUUUACAUGGAGAAGGAGGAAGAAAGACAAGAGUACAUUAUGAACGAAACUGGCAAAAUUUGGUGUGGGACUUUCAAGAAACCAACAGGAAAGGUCUGGACGUUCGGCCAGUUCGAUGAAAUUUCUCUACCCACCGCCGUAUAUUUGCUCGAGAAGUCAGGACUUGUUGCAGCUCAGAGAGGAAACCCAAUUAUGGUUACCAGAGCUAUAUCUGCAAUAAUCAAUGCAGUAGAUGAUGGAGGUCUCCUGGAAGGCCGUUGGGAUGGUGAUUACUCGGAUGGCACAUCUCCUUUCGCAUGGACUGGAUCCCCAGCCAUCCUGGAACAGUACCUGACCACCAACGGAACUCCAGUUAAGUAUGGACAGUGCUGGGUCUAUUCAGCUGCCACCGUUACUAUUUGCAGAGCCUUGGGUAUUCCCUGCAGAUCUACGACGAACUACGUAUCUGCGCACGAUACCAACAGUUCUUUGACAGUGGACAAAUACUUCGACGUCUUCGGCGAACGCAUCGAGAACGGUCCGGACGGCACGUGCAGCGACUCCUGCUGGAACUUCCACGUGUGGAAUGACGUGUGGAUGACAAGGCCGGACCUGCCCCCGGGCUACGGCGGCUGGCAGGUCAUCGACGGCACCCCGCAGGAGACGAGCGACCAGGUGAUGCGGUGCGGACCCGCCUCCGUGGCGGCGGUCAGAAAGGGGGAAGUGGGGUACCUGUACGACACGCCGUUCGUGUUCUCCGAGGUCAACGCGGACAUUGUGCACUUCCAGGAGGACGAGGAGUCCGAGUGGGGGUUCAGCAGGACGUCCAUCAAUCAGUACCAUGUGGGAAGGAAGAUCUUGACUAAGAAACUGGGACUAACCGACGAUAAUAGUGACACCGACAUGGAAGACAUCACCAGGCUGUUCAAAAACAAAGAAGGGACCGACGCCGAACGCCUAGCCGUAUACAAUGCCGUCAGAGGUGUACCAAGAGCUCAAGAGGUUUAUGACAUGCCUGACAGAGGGAACGAAGAUGUAACUUUCGACCUCGUUGAUAUCGAAACAAUCCCCUUUGGUGAUACAUUUUUAGUAGAGGUGGCAGUUGAAAACAAAUCAGAAGAAGAAAGAACCAUCAAAGCUGUCUUGUCAGCUAGCUCCGUGUAUUAUACAGGAACUACUGCCAAUGAUUUGCAGAAGUCCAAAGGUACCAUCAAGAUCAAGCCUGGGAAGAAAGAAACCUUGAAGCUGGAAAUCACUGCAGCUGAGUAUGUUGGGAAAUUGGUGGAUCACAGCUUCAUUAAGCUGUAUGCAAUUGCAAAUGUGGAGGAAACCAAACAGGUGUGGAGUGAGGAAGACGAUUUCACCUUUGUCAUGCCUGAAGUUACCAUUACUGCAGCAGGCACGUGCAAGAUUGGAGAACCAUGUGAAGCAUCAUUCAGCUUCCGUAAUCCUCUGGAAUUCGCCCUGACCGACUGUUCUUACACCUUGGAAGGACCAGGAUCACAGAAACCUAAGAAUAUAAAAUUCAGAGACGUGAAGCCGAAAGAAUUGAUCAGUUUGUCGCAGACUUUCACUGGAAAAGCCAGCGGUGUUAGAAAAAUAGUCUUCAACUUCACUUCAAAGCAGGCUCACAAUAUCCAUGGAAGCAUGACAGUGAAGAUAGAGGAAUGAAAACACAUAUAUCAAGAUGCAAUCUUUGAUUAUUCUCACACAUAUAUAUUAUCUCAGUUAUUUAUCACAUAUAGGUGACGGCGAAGGUAAUAAUCAAAUUAUUAUAUUAUUUAUUAUAUGAAAAAUCUAUGAAUUUGAAAAUGUUUGUUGAAUUGAUUUGAUAAUAUAUUAUACUUACAUAUCAGAUACUGUGUUUA